CCAACUCUGCGACCCAGUCAGAUCUCGAAAUCUUUCGCUCUCCUUCGUCUCUCUAUCUGCUUCUCACAUUUGACUCUCGAACAUCAAUUGCAACUCAUUCAAAUCAAAGUGUCCUUUUUCUUUUAUGUGUGUGUGCCAUUCUGUGUCGCCGUGUCGUUACGAAACAGUUGAAAGCACGCCAUUCAGGAAAACACAUUUUUGCUUCAAUCACCAGAUGUAAAUAGUUAAAUUGACAUCCUCAAAAACCAAAAUACAAUCUGUUUAUCGCACAUUUUUAAGUGCGAAGAGAUUCUAGUGGACGCAAAGGAUCGCCUCAAGGACGACAUUCGCCAUUUUGUCACAGUCGCGUGGUGCCUUCCUCACUGGACUGUUGAUCACUUUUGAUGGUGAUGGCGAGACGAACUGGCUGAAGCCGUAAUGAUCUCUUGGUAGUUGUCGGUGUAGGAGGCGACCUCUAAAGGAGUUGGUUGUGUCGUUUGGGAAACGGAAAAACGCGUCAAGUUUCCUUCUUGUUUCAUUUCUUGGCCGCGCAACUGGCAAAAGAGGGUAAACAGCGCCAUGCCAAGCACAGCAGGAUCGAUGGCAUACAAGCCGUCGUCGAGGCCGAUGGGAGUCGUCGGUGUAGGAGGCGUAGGAGAGCAACAGCAGAGACGGGCAAUGGGCGAUUCCAGUCAUUACGAAGAAAUUGCUCUCAUCGGCAACGGAGCCUAUGGAACGGUGUACAAGGCUCGCGACACGGCCAAUGAGGGUCAAAUGGUGGCGCUCAAGAAGGUGCGGGUGCCGCUGACGGAAGAGGGCGUGCCCAUGUCGACGCUGCGCGAGAUAUCCCUACUCAAACAGAUGGAAAAAUACGAACACCCCAACAUCGUCCGGUUGUUGGAUAUUUGCCACGGCCCGCGGCUGGAACACGAGCAACAGUUGAUCCUCUACAUGGUGUUUGAGCACGUGGAUCAGGAUCUGGCCUCGUACCUGGAACGUUGCCCAUCACCUGGUCUCGGAGCUGAACGCAUCAAGUAUUUGAUGUAUCAGAUACUUAGCGGGGUGGAUUUCCUGCACGCCAAUCGCAUCGUUCACAGAGACUUGAAGCCGCAGAACGUGCUGGUCACGGCGGCCGGUCAGGUCAAGUUGGCCGAUUUCGGAUUGGCUCGCAUCUACGACGUGCACAUGGUGCUCACUUCUGUGGUGGUGACGUUAUGGUACCGAUCGCCCGAAGUUUUGCUCACCACCAGCUACGCCACUCCGGUCGACAUCUGGUCGUGCGGAUGCAUUUUCGCAGAGCUGUUUCGACGCAAACCGCUUUUCAGCGGCCAAUCUGAAGCUGACCAACUCUCCAAAAUCUUCGACGUGAUUGGUACACCGUCGAUUGACGAAUGGCCCGAUACGUCGCUACCUUGGAACACGUUCGCCAAUCGGCCACCCACGUCCAUCUACAACGCCGUGUCUUCCUCGGAAUUGUGUCUGGCCGGCACGGAACUGCUCGAACUGAUGCUGGCCUUCGAUCCGGCCAGGAGGGUGACGGCGGCCGACGCCCUGCAGCAUCGCUAUUUUCGGGACGACGGCUACACGCCCAUCACUUUCUCGCCGUCUUCUUCUUCACUGUCGAGCAGCAGCCCAGUGGCCGAUUCUGCCCGUUCCGACACGCCCAUCCACAUGUCCUGCAGUAGCAACGAUGAUUCUGGUCAUUCGUCGGCCGACGGCCAGUUACCUGAACCCGACAACUGACUGCGGUUUUUUUUCUUUUGUUUUUUUUUUAAUUAUUAUUAUUUCUCCGGGGGAAGGGGGGAUGGAUUCGUUUCAAAUAUUUUUUUUUUUUUUCAAUCCGAAAUAUCAAGCAACAACACAAUGCAAACUGUUUAUCUUAAAAAACAACAACAAUUCCAGCAAAUAGCAAAAACAAUUUGUGAUGGCGCUGGCGGCGUUUCUUUUGUUUGUUUUGGACGCGUGUUCGGGACUCGACGAAAAAUCGUGUUCUUAAAAUUAACAGAAACGACUGUGAUAGUUAACCGAACGCCUGUCAACAGAAAAUGUUUUUAAAAGAAACGACAUCAGUGUCAGCACACACAUUUAUCCAACAACGUCGGGAUUCCUUUGCCGAUCGUCCAAACUAUGGGACCAAUACGCUCGCCUUUUGUGCUCCAUUCAUUUUCUUGAGCCGUUAACCGAUUUAAAUUAUUUUUUUUAUUUAAAAAAAAUGGGCGGCCAUUUACGAAUUCAAUAGGAAAAAAAAAAAACGAUUUAGCCCUCCCAAACCCCAACUACCCACAACAACGUACACGUACCUUAGAGUAUUGGCCAAAAGGAAUUUUUUUUUCUUUGUGUAUCAUAUUAAUUGACCCAAUUUUUUUUUAAAUUUUUUUCUUACUUAAUACGAAUAUCAUCUAGUUUUGCUGGCCUUUUUUGUACAGGAUUGAAUUAAUGAAUCAUUUUGGACAGCAAAAAAGAAAGAAAUGGAAUCGGACCUCUUGCCACAUCCGCAGAUAACAUGCGUUUUGCUCCUACUCCCUCCCACAGACACACGCACACACAGCAAACCUCACAAUCUUAUAAAAUACAUAUCAGAAACCGCCGUUGUUUUUGUUUUACGCAAUAGUCUUUCAAUCUCGAUUCUCAAACAGAAUUUGUUUUGUUUUUUUCAAUAAGAAUCGCCCACCAAAACUGUCGAACCGCCAUAAUCAAUGGAAACCGAUCGCAACCUUCCUAUAUACCACAAACUCUCUCAGCGCAAAUUCGUCACUCAUUCAACAACAGAAACCCAUCCCAUCCCAUCCCCAGCCUCCAGUCAAAUAAAUAAUUUGUUUUUUUUUUUUUCACUAUUAUUAUUUAAAAUCAAAGAAGAAAAGAAAUAGAUUCCAGUCCGUGCUGCAACAAAUAAAGAAACCACACCACCUAAGUCAUUCCCCAACAUUCAUUUUUUUUUUUUUACAUUUUAUUUGAAUAUUUUUAUUUAUUUUUUAAAUUCUCUUCAAACUGUCGAAACCUCUUGAAUUGACCUCGCCGUUCGUUUGCGAACGAGAAUAGCCAAUCCCUUUUCACUGACCAAUAACGAAAAAAGUCCAAUGAUUUUCUUUUGUUUUGUUUCUUUUUUUCUUUUGUGUGUCGACACUAUCUCGUGUUCAAUGUCUAUUGAAUUCUAUGUUGUUUUUAAUUCUCGUGUCUGUGUGUGUGUUUAAACAUCUCUGCAAAAAAAAAAUCGUGCGCCCUGUACUUGCCCUGAUUUAAAAGACAUUUUUAAAAAUGUAAUUACCAAAACUGAUUUUUUUUUUUCUUUUUGUUCUUUCGGUGCACAAAAAUUGAAUUGAUGUCGUUGAUUUAAAAUUCGUUUGAUGUGAAAUGCGAAAUUCGUAGUGUGUGUGUGUGUGUGUGAUGCCUCAUUUCAUGAUUUUCACAUUUGGACCGAUGUGUAAAGUGAGUGUGUGUAAUUUGUUAAAUGUAAUUUUUGUUUCGAUUGUCAGUUAUUAUUUUUUUGUGUUCGCUUGUGUUGAUUUUUUUUUUCUUCUUCUUUUCGAGACGUCGACAUUUUCAAAAAUGUUUGGUGACAUGAAAAGAUAAAAGAAAAGAAACUGGGGGAUGUGCGCCAUACGCUACAACGAUGGAUCCAACCGAUUGGCUGUUGGAAUCAUUUCAUUUUAAUUAUUUUUUACCCAUUUGAUCUUGAAUGUAAUUUAGUUUUUUUUUGAAUUUUUUCUCUUUGGAAAAAACAAAAUUAAUUAUGCAAGUAUAUAUAGUAUAUAUUUGUGUAAUCCACGGUAAAUACACCUUUGUUGUGAUGAGGACAAA